AUGGUGCGUCAGCUGCACGACGGUAUGAUGGCGCGAGUCACGGACAACGGAGCUGUCUCAGAGGCAUUCGCAGUGACCAACGGAGUGAAGCAGGGCUGCGUGCUGGCGCCUACCCCCUUCAGUCUUAUGUUCUCUGCCAUGCUGAUGGACGCCUACCGCAACGAACGCCCCGGGAUCCGCAUCGCCUACAGGACGGACGGUCACCUGCUGAAUCACCGGCGCAUGAACUUCCAGUCGCGCGUAUCCACAACCACCGUGCACGAACUCCUCUUCGCCGACGACUGCGCCCUGAACACCACCUCGGAAGAGGAAAUGCAACGCAGCAUGGAACUGUUCUCCGCCGCCUGCGAGAACUUUGGGCUGGUCAUUAACACGCAGAAGACGGUGGUGAUGCACCAACCGCCACGCAACUCAGUCACAGCCCCCAACGCGCCGCAAAUCAACGUGAAUGGGACUCAACUGCAAGUGGUAGACAACUUCCCGUACCUGGGCAGUACCCUCUCACGCAACACCAAGAUUGAUGACGAAGUCGCCAACAGGAUCACGAAAGCCAGUCAAGCCUUCGGUCGCCUCCAAAGCACAGUCUGGAAUCGCCACGGUCUCCAACUGAGCACGAAGCUGAAUAUGUACAAGGCCGUCAUCCUGCCGACACUACCGUAUGGAGCGGAGACUUAG